AUGGGACCAGAGCCGGCGGCAAUCGUCGCACCACCUAGUCCCACCCUCUACGAGGUCCAUCCUGCGCACCGUGACAAGCCACCAAUGACUCCCAUGGAAUCGCAGCCCGAGGGUCCAGCGGCUCCCACCCAACCCCCGCCACUGCCACCCAGUAAACGCCCUGCCGCAGAUUUUGCACGCGCUCGUGAGCAGAUCCUUGCCCGCCGGGCUCUCAAAGCUGCAUCAUCCUCUCCAAUGGCGGAUCUCGCCCGCAAUGCCACUGCACCACCUAUUUCAACCGCACCAGCACCAGUGACCAUGGACGCCGCACACCGCAAAUACAUUGACCUCGGUGCUCUCAUAUGA